AUCAUGACACACCGAGUUGAAGUAAAUAAUCUUGUUCGCAUAGACUGUACAUCUGGGCUGUUAAGUUAAAUUGCAAUUAGACACUAGAUCUAAAUCUAUAUGCAAUCUAUUUUAGAAACUAUUAAUCGCAUGAAGUGUAACUAAUCCCAACCAAUGUGGAGAAUAUUUUGGCCAGACUAGCUUGGGACUAUAUUUUCUUUGCCAUCCUAUUCUCCAUUUACACUGGAAAGUCAAAGCCUUAAAUGAAAAAUUUACUGAUGAGUGCCAAGACAAGUGGUGGUAAAUCUCCUCAAUGUAAAGUGUGUGGUGACGAGUCCUCCGGUUUUCAUUAUGGAGUUGACUCUUGUGAAGGAUGUAAGGGCUUCUUCAGAAGAUGCAUUACACAGGGAAUGACCCACAAAUGUGCUAAUGAUGAAAAAUGUGAAAUUACCCCAUUCACUAGGAAUAGUUGCCAGUAUUGUAGAUUAAAAAAAUGUUUUGAAGUUGGAAUGUCCAGGGAAGCAUCUCGCCUUGGACGUAGACCUAAACGUUUAAAGGAUUCUGGUGGGGAAACUAGUAGAGUUCCAGCUACAAAUCUUCCAAUUGCACCGUAUCCAUCGCCACAUGAAUUAUAUAGACUUAGAAUGGCUGAGCUUCAGAAGUUAUUACUUGCCAAUGGUACUUUUAAAUCUGAGCUUAUGCAGGCUUUUCUGUCUGCUGCUCAGCAAAGUUUCAGAGAGCAUUCAAAGUCUGGAGGUCAUUCCAGCCAUAAACAAGCCAACAACACCUCUUCAACCACACAGCCUUCAGAGUCUAACCAGAAUGUUCUAAGCCCUACCCAGGCAUCCCAAAGUUUUAAUGUUAAUGACACAGACAGUCCAGCAUCAGCUCAGGCGCCUUCACCUUUUCCAGACUUUUCACUAGCUGAACUGAGUCCCAUGACUCCAGGUCUGAAUGUUAAUCAGAUGUUGACUUCACAAAAUAACAACCUUAAUGGAAACUCAGCUUAUUCCCCCAUUUCAUCCCCAUUACCAUUUGACACCUUAGAUAGUUGUUCCCCAUCUAGUUACAUCACUCGAUCACACACCUCACCACAGAGUCCAAAUAAUGUUAACAUCCGAUGUCCGACACCCAAAACUAAUUCCUGCACAGACAGUAAAGUAUUUUUAAAUGUCACAAUUAGCGGCAUGAUGCCUUCAUCAUCUUCUAGCCUGUCACCAGGACUAAUAAAACAAGAGUGUGAAGAUGUUGUGCAGAUAAAACAAGAAAACCCAGACAAUGCACCUAGCACUCCAGCAAUGGAAGAGCAUGAGGAACAGCUAUAUCCAUACCGCAUCUUAGCUGAGGUGAGAGAGAUUCCAACUGACAACCGCAGAGUUCUCAUUGAUCAGGUGACUGAUGCCAUCAUUGAAGCUCACAUGGCUACCACUAUCAAUACCCAUGCCAAUGUGCUAGAAGCCAAUGAAAGGUUGGCUCGAAUGAAAGCUAAUAAUGAAAUGCCUGAAAUUGUACAAUUAAGUCUGAGCCCAUCAGCCAUGUGGCAACAGUUUCUGAGUUCUAUGAUUCCUGAAAUCACCAAGGUUGUCAAGUUUUGUAAGAAGCUCCCCGGCUUCUCUGAGGUGGACCAAGAAGAUCAGAUCAAGUUGAUUAAACAGGGAAGCUUUGAAGUGAUGGUGGCUCGCUUUAGUCUCCUGGUGGAUGAAAUCAAUGAGGAGAUGCUGGAUCCUCAGCUGAAAAUGAAAUCAUCGAGAAAAGUUGUACAACAAAUGCCUAUGGGUCCAUUCCUAGAUGAAUUCUUUGAAGUAGCUCAUAGGUUUAACCCUUUGCUUCUGUCUGAUGGUGAAAUUGGACUCUUCACAUCAAUACUUUUGAUUUGUCCAGAACGUCAGGGCUUAAGUAAUACGAAAGCAGUGAGUGCAAUACAGAUGUUGUAUCUACAAGCAUUAUAUCUACUACUUCAGCAGCAUCAUAAAGAUCAUGAGCAUUUGUUUCUGGAGUUGAUCAGCCUAAUUCCUCUCUUCAGGCGAAUCAACGAGGAUCAUGCCAAGUUCCUAAACAACAUCAAGAUGAAGUCUCCGGCAGAGUUCAAUGCACAGUUUGCUCAAUUACACAGGGAAGUUUUCGACACUUAAAAAAAGGUCAUUUUGACUUAGCUAUGUAAUGUUUUUUUAAAGUUUUUGUUCUCAUCUGUUGAGUAUGACCUUUAAUCUGUUAAACAUGUUUGACUUGUCGACACAGCAGAGCUGCUCACAAUAACUCUGUGUUGAGUCUUGAACUUUCUCAUCCAAACCCAUGUCAUGUCCUGUGGUCUUUUGAUAGCACUAGUUUUCUGGUCCUUUUAAUCUGCUCUUGAAGUUUUCUUCACUAGCUUUCUUGCCAUCACAAAUGUUUCCAGUUUCCCCCGUUCUAGGCUAGAGCUGCCAUGUUGAAGACAUGUAGUAGUAAUUAGUUCACUGAUCUUUAUUGCCUGGUCCAUUCCCUUAAAGAAAAUAGAUACAUGAAUGUAGGCAUUGAUAUGCCAAGAUAUACAGAAAUGUAGUUUAAACUUGCUAGUUAUUUUUGUAACAAGUGCAAUACUGCAUAGAUGUUCAGGUGGUAGCAUUCAAAUUUGGUUUUCAACACUUGUUCAAUUAAUAAUGUAUUUAUAACUGCAUGUGUGAGUGAAUGGCCAUAAGCUUAGGAAACUUGGAUGGCAUCAACUGUGUCUACAUUCUGAGAGAUUUUGCUGUUAACACAUUGAACUUAUCAAAUUAGUAUUACUUUACAUUUGCUUUCUCACCCCAGUUAUGUACUCAGAAUUGUGUAUGAUACUCUGGUUGUGCUGCUCAUUUAGUUAAUUUUUGUCUCAUUUAAUGUUAUGGUUUGCAACUUUUGUAUUUUUAAUAUUAGGUAGUGAUUACAGUAACACGAUUUCACUGUAACAUUUACAAGGAGUCCAUUGAGUAGAGUUUACACAAAACAUUAGGUUUCAACAGCAACCUAAACAGGUGCUAAUCUGUUGCCUUGUGUUAUGCUUCCUAUUGUGACAAACACAAGACACUCUUUAAUACAUAAAACACAGAAGCCAAUCCUUGAACUGAAUGAACACUUUAAUGAAGUCCCGUGUGUCUCCUAUAUCACAAAAAGUUUCUGAACUAUGAGCAUCUGUACAAGUCACUUCUGGAGCACGUAAAGAAAUUUUGGCCAUUGGUUAAUUGUUCUCCUUCUUACCAUUGCUAAAAUAAACUAGUAAAUGAUGUCAUUAUAUUUUCAGUUUAGUUCCUAAAUAAGGUUCAAGGUUAGGCCAGCCUUCAAGAAAAGCUUAAAGCAUUUUUUUUUACACCAAAAAAAAAUUCACUUACUAACUAUAGGCAAUUUCAUCAUCUGCAACUAGAUUCUAUAUCAUUUUGGUUGCUAUUGAUCAGAACUUUUCUAGUUUCUAGUUCUUAUUGGUUAAUUGUACAAGAUUUCACUAGUUACUAGUAAUGUCACUAUUUUUAUAUUUUAAGAGUUUAUGCAUCUUGCUUUUUUUCUUGUACAUAUGACAAAAAUCAAGACUUGAUAAUACAGAGCUGUUAUUCAACUUAUUGGAGUGGAGAAUGGUACAGUUAAUAAGUACAUUUUUUUUUCGGCUUUCAUUGUAUCAAUUCUUGCAUGAGUCAUUUGUAUUUCUUUAGAGACCUCAGUAGACUAAAGGUUUGUAGGUUGGCAAAGUGAAGAUUUAGUCAUUAAGAUUUAUAGGUUGUAAAAUAAUGAGCCAAUUGUUGAUGCAUUAAUACACUGGGUUGUAGAGAGGUGAAUCUACCUUAUUGGUGAAUAAUGUGUCGAUAACUUGCCAAAAUUUACUUUGUUGAAUUGUAAUGGGAAUGUCAUGGUCUUUAUUUCAUCUUUGUCUCUACUGAACUAUUGUCAGUGUUCAUCAGGUUUAUACAUGAAUGGAAAAUUUAUACAUAUGAUUUUCGAUCUUGCUAUUACUAAAAGGUAAUUUAAACAAGAAUGAGAUUUCUUUAUCAGUGCCCCAAAGAAUGAAGUUGGGGUACGGUGGCUAAGUGUUUAAGCGCUUAGCUUCCGAACCUUGGGUCCUGGGUUCGAAUCUCUGUGAAGACUGGGAUUUGGAAUUUCUGGAUUUUUAGGGUGCACUUAAGUACACCCAGCUACUAUGGGUACCUUACUGUUGUUUGGGAAAGUAAAGGCAGUUGGUUGUUGUGCUGGCAACAUGACACCCUGUUCGUUAACCUUUGGCCAAAGAAACAGAUGACCUUAACAUCAUCUGCCCUCUAGAUCCCAAGGUCUGAAAGGGGAACUUUACUUUUAAAGAAUGAAGUCAGCAAAAUGAACAUGAGUUUUCAAUUUUGAACCCUUAAAACCUAAGGAACAUUUCAGGCAAAAUCAAUGCCAGCAUUUUCAGUCAAAAUUCUUCAAGCAAAAAUUCUCUUGUGUCUAGGCCUAUAUAUAUUUUCUGUGAGAUGUUGAAAUUGUUAAAUAAGUCAAAAGAAACAGACUUUCUAGACACCCAAGAUCCCCCCUUCCCUUCUUGUCAGACAACUGCCUCCACGAAGCCAUUGAAAAAAUGACUUUUAGUCCAUCUAGAAAAUACAUUUCGCUAACGUCUGUAGUUUUGUGGGUCACAUCAUCAUGUAGAAUUUAGUUUUAUAAUAACUACUGAACCAUGAAGGAAAGUUUAUUAAAAUGGUGAAUGGUUGUUUCAUCGUGCAUAGUUUUACUUUGUAUGAAGUAGUUGUAUAUUAAACUUUUCGAUUUUAAUUUAGAUUUUAUCUUCUUUGAAGGCAGUAAGAAAAUAAUUGAUCUGACUGCCUUGUGACACACAUGUAAUAUUAUAGAGAUAAUACCACUGUGUUGUUUUAAAUUUUUCUUUUUAAAUUAUAAGCUACAAUAGUGUAUAUCAUUUUAAAAAUUUUAUGUCUGUAAAAUUUCUAUGUUUUUAUUGUACCAAUUAGUUAUAAAUUACAUUUUAGUGUCCCUGUUGGAUUGUACUUUUCACAUGAUACAUUUUAUGGUAUAGUUUAUCACUAGCCAAUUUGAACUGCUCAGUUAUUGCAUUUCUGAUUAGGUCAAACUAAUUAUGUCAUUAGCUAAAGUGAAAUCAACUACUGAGCAGUUGAAUAAGAUGCAAGCAGUAGUGGGAAAUGAAUCUGUAGAUAUAAAUAUUUGGCAUGCUUCUAUUACAUGAUUUGGUCUGUUGUCUUUAUUGUUUAAUUAGAUACAAGUUUGUUUACAUGUAUAUAUUUAAGUAAUUUCUUUUUUUUUUAAUUAACAUCUUAAAUAAAAAGAAAAAAAAACUAUGGUCAACCAUUGAGUACUAUUAACCAGACUAUAAUUAUAGAUUCAGGUAAAUCAUUUCACCCAUUAAUUUGCAUUGCUGUAAUUCAAAACAGUUAACAUGACUUCAAUGUUUGUAUCAGGAAAUGGUCAGUGCCACUUUCCAUGUAGUUUUUUUGUUAGCGCAAAGCAUCAGACUUUUAUCAUAGGACAAUAGAUCGAACAGUUUGUCUUUUUGUAGAUAAUUGGUUGCUUUCUAGUUGAAGCUCAGGUAUGUUUCAUUUGUAAUUGGUGUCACAUAAUACUCUUGAGUGAUUAUCAUCUUAUGAGAUUGCUUCAACUUUUUGAAAUGUUACAAAUCCACUCCUCAUCGGAGUAAAGGCUAAUCUAAAAAUAACUUUCAUAAAUGUCUCUCAGUUACAGAACUACAAAUUACAAAAAGGUAAAUAAAAAAAAAAGCAAAACACUCAGUAUCUGGUCAUAAUCAUUACAUGUCAUAAUACUAACAAAAUAUUUGUAAAUAAGUUUGGUUGCAAAUGUUGAAUGGUGGCUUUAUACAUUACCUCAACCAUAGUUUUCAGUUGAUGCCAAAUAGUUUUAUUUGUUCCAUUGCUCAAUUUAAUUUUUUUAUUUCUUAUCUAUGGGCAGCAUGUACUAGCAAAGUAAUGAAAUUCUUGUCAAGUACUCAGAUAGUAAUACAAGGGAGUGAGAUUUUAGCUAGUAAAGGAAUAGAGCUGCAUUUUUUGUUUGUAAUAUAUAUCUUCUCUCUCUCUCUCUUAUUUCUAUUUGCUGUGCUGCAGUGAGCAGGGCACUCAAUGUGAACAAGUUUUGGUUAGAUAUAAGUGACAAAAAAAAAUAGGUCAAGCCCUGACUGAUAUAAUCACAUGUCAGUAUAAUAGGGACUGAGCACUGGCAGUUGAUAAAAGUCUUUGCAAAUGUUAGAUUUAGAAGUGAAAGGGCAAGGGAAACUAGUUUCUAUGGACAUUGUUGUGGCUAGGGUUUUGUUUGUCAAGCUAAGUGACUUGCUACAUGCCUUGUUUCCAAAAUGAUCAGGUUAAAGUUAAUAAAUCCUUCCAUGAAAUUGAGUUUUGACAUACAAAAAUGAUCAAUCCAAUUGUUCUAAAGCUAUUAACCCAAAUCUGUUUCCACUCCAGUCUACCACAUGUUCUAAAACAGCUUUGUUUCUGAAAUAUCAUUGUAAUAUUUCUCUUUGGCUGUGUUUUCAUUGUUAUAUUUUGUUCUUAUUGUGUACAUCAAUCCAUACUUGGCCUUACCAUUUUUUGAUUCAUUAUUUGUUCAUGAGUGUAGGCGCUGACUUUGAAAUGGCUAAAAUUUGAACUUACCAUUGUGUAUAUACUCCACCAUCAUAAGCAUGUUAUGUUACUUUUGUCUGGAUUUCUAAUGAACAGAUGUCGAGGCCUCUAUUCACAUUGAUUGUAACACAUGGGUGUGUAACUUGAUUACUAUUUAUUCGAAUGACCUACUUUUGGAAGUAAAUUUAUCUGUGCAUUACACUAUCAUUAACUCAUGUAACUUUUUCAAAUUAAUUUUCAUCUUAAAUGAAAUUUAGAUGACUAUGUGCUAACAAAUUAUCUUAUAGGGAGGUAAUGCUGUUGUCAGUGUGUUACAAGUAGCAGGAGUUAAAACUAGUUUCCAAAUUUGUAAAGAUAAUGAACAUUUUAGUUUCAUUUUAAAAUGACUUGUACCUAGUAAUCCUCACUAAGAAUUAGUUGUCAUGUCAUCAGUUGUGACUACUGUUGUUCUCAUCUGUUUUCUUUUUCUGUCAAAAUGUUUUAUUCUUUUAUUUCAUUGGUACCAAUGUGAUAUUUAUAACAAUUUUCUUAACAUUUUGUACACAUUGUUGUAUCCUUGGAUACACUUGAACUAUUAUGUUUCGUCUUUUUUCCAGUAUUAAUGGCAUGUUUGAGAAAAAGAAAAAUGUGUAUACUUAUCAAAUCAUUUAGAUAAAGAAGUUUGUAUAUUUUAACUGAAGCAAAAUAUUUACCCAGAAAGAGGAUGCCAUUGGUUUGAACAUUUACAACAAAUGUCUUUUGCUAUUGUUUAGUCUGUUUCCAUGAAAUUAAACACAUAACUAUUAGUCUCUUGUCAAAUUAUCCUAAAUGGGUGCCUAAAAGUUGCUUUAUUGUAAUAUUUAAUUUUUUCAUGCAAUGAGAUUGCAUGUAGUUUAGGAGCUAGGAGGUUAUAAAUAGACUUAAGUCAAAAUGUCAAUGGUACAGAUACACUUGAAGCAUAGUAUCCUACACAAAGGAUGGUUGCGCUGUAGUUUUCACUAUAUAUACUCAUUUCAUUCAGUGUUUUCAUUGAAAACAACUACUGAUAGUAUCUUUGUGCUUUGGGGUGUAAAGUUUUUGGGGACAUUUUUAUGUAUUUAUUCCAUAGCACUAUAUGAAGACUGUUGAAAGUAAAACAUAUUGAAUUGUAGCUGUGACUUGUCUUGGCGUCAUCAGAUUGGUGUCUUUAAGCUUAUAACAAGUGAUUGACUUGCAUUCUGCCCAUCUAAUUUGUUGCUAAAUGAUUGAAACUGUUCUUUUGUAAUUAUGUUUUUAUCCUAUACAAUUAAUCUUAAAUACAUUUUAGAUUUAAAUAUUGAAAAUUAUUGAAAGAUAUUUUUUUUCACACAUCUAAUUUAUCAUAGAAAAAAAAAAAAAGAACCACCUAAUUUUAUUUCUUCAUGUGUGUUCAUCAUGUCUUCUAAAAUCAAAUAGGGCAUCAUUUUCAAUCAUCCGCCUUACUAACAACUAUUAAAUUUAAUUUCAAUAUCAUAAGCUAAGUGCCUGCUUUUUUCUCAUUGAAAAUUUCUUUGAAAUAAAAAAAACAACAUUAAUGAUCAAUUUAAGUGAAAAAGAGACACAUCCCUAUCACAGGAAAGUAAAACUUGACAUUCCUUUAGCAUGUUCUAGUUUCUUUUUUUAUUUCCUUUAACUUGAACCCUGUAUCUUUGUCCUCACAAACUUUACGUGUACUGUUUUUCCAGUCAUCAUGUUUUUGUUUACAAAACAUUUUUGUAAAUAUAUUUCCUUCUCAGUGCUCUGUUUGACUUAAGCAUUGAUUGCUUUUAUUCUGUGUGUGUGUUCUUUUCUUUUAUUUUCAACUGCUAAAAUCAGAAGAAUUGUUCUCUGUUAAAAAAAAUAAUUGAUGCCUACAAAGUUUGAAUAAUGAAAAUAAAUAAUAUAUUAUAUACAUCAUUAUAUACUUCGUUUUUUGUUUUAAUUGUACAAAAGAUCCCCAGUGGAUUGGGUUUUUCAACUAGUGCCAUUAUUUGUGUUUUAGACUAUUGUAUUAUAUUAUAUUAUAUAUAUGAAAAAAUAUAUAUGUGUGUAUGUAUAGGGUAAAUACAUAUUGCUAUAUAUAAUGCCUUAUAUUGUAUUUAAUUAUCUUUUUUUUUGGAGCGCAUAUAUCCAGCAGAUUUUUGUCAGAUAUGAAAUAAUGUAGGCACACAUUUUUAAAUUGUACAAUUAAGUGAAUCUAUAGUGUUUGCGUUACAGUUUGCUUCUUUUACUGUUCUUGUACUGUCAUAUCAAAUUUUUGUUUUUUUUCUUGUGUUCAUCUAGUGAAAUGAUAUGAAACAACACAUAAUAAAUAUAAAUCAUAAAAUG